AUGACAGCUCUUGAAGAAACUGCGAAGAAAUCACGUGAUUCUUGUGUACGUAAUUCAAUCAAUGAGCGUCUAAAUAUGGCUUUAUCAGCAAUUAAUCUUUCUAUACAACUUUAUCCAAUUGAAGCUGAAUUCCAUUUACAAAGAAGUAUAAUUUAUCGAAAAAUGAAAAAAUUUGAAUUAGCAACUGAUGAAUGUUUAUUACUUUUUGAUAAAACUGGACACGAUCAAGAAAAUAAACUCUAUCAACAAGCACAAAAACAAUUUGUUUUUAUAUAUAAUGAAUGUUCAUUAAAAUGUUUACAAACAGGUUUUUAUGAUGAUGCAAUUGAAUUAUUAAAUCGAGCACUUAAUACUGAGAAAAAAUCUGCUGAAUUAUAUAUCAAUAGAGGAGAUUGUUUUAUUGCCAAAGGACAAAUAACAUUUGCUCUACAAGAUUAUGAACAAGCACUUGAAAUAACACCAAAUAAUAACGAAAUAAAAUUACGUAUUUCAAAUGUAUUUUUUAAUAAUGCUGAACAACAAUAUAAAGAUAAAAAAUAUCAGGAAUCUUGUAAUGAAUUAACAAAAGCUAUUAAUGUUAAUCCAUCUGUUGGUAAAUAUUAUGUAUCACGAUCACGUGUUAAAUUUUUAACAGACAAUAUUCAAGGUGCACAAGAAGAUAUUAUUGCUGCUAUAUUAAUCAAUCCAUUGGAAGAUGGAUGUAUUGAUGUUUUACCAAGAUUAUUUGUUGAUUCAUCACUUGGUCAAGUUCUUACUUCACCAUUAACAAAAUAUGUUAAAGAAAACCUAUUAAAUCAAGGUGUUCAAUUAGCGAUUUCUUAA